GGAUCCUAGUCAAGUACAUGCGGCUCUACGGAAUCGCUUUAACACUUCCAGCAGAUGAAGGCCUUAUCUACAGCCUGAUGCCUCUCCAGACUUUGUCGACCUCUUCGCCUCACCAGGCACAUGCCUUCCGCGAUGUCUAGAUCCAAGAAACCGUUUUACGUACGAAUUCAGAGCAUAUUUCCAUUCUUCGGUCGGGAACGUUCCAAGGCAUCCUGGACGAAACCUGGCCAACCCAGUCCAGAACUUGAUUCGGUGCAGACCUUCUACAACAACUUGAAGUCACCUGUCCGGGCAGCACCGGACACCUCUCAACAAGCUGAAAGCGAGGAAGGUCCUGCAGAGCAUGCUGUUAGCUCCUCGCCUCCAAACUCACGGACCUCCAAAUCCCAUUCACCAGAGCGUACCUGGCCACUGGCAGAUACAUCAACAAAAGGAUCAGGAUUACCACAGGCGGACGCCUCAUCACGAAAGCCAGUCACCUCACCGCAGGCGGAUGGCCUAGCACAAAGACCGGCCUUGCAACAGGCGGCUGUCUCAUCACGGAGAUCGAGCAGCGACAGCAGAUCCAGACAGUAUGUGCAGCCUUCGCAUAGUGCGCCGCGGAGUGCGGCCCAAAUGAUCAUAGCUGGACGCAGUUCACAUCAUCGCCCGCCGUCGCCAUUGGCAGGGGGCAUCAACGAUAGCACUGAUAUCGAAAGUCAUUCCUCCAGUCAACCUUCGUCCUCGGCUGUUUCAGAGCACCAGCAAGAUGAGGAAUCAGCGAAUCAUCCCGACAUCCUGGUCAAUAUAGUACCGCCUACCCGCGCGCCGACCAUGCAAGAUAUGGUUCAGCAGAUGAAUGAGGCAAAUCGAGUUGGCGGUCUUCACCAGCCACGAGACCAUUCUCGCUUGCGGAUGUCGACAACCAGUGAAUCCCCAUCACGAUCUCGAUCAUCAUCGAGUACGCAAAGAUCACCUUCUCCCGACAUCACCGAGGACACACAUACCGGUCCCCUCUUCCCGGAUACGAUUCCCGUCACCCUGAACCUUACCUUUGGAGGCGAGGAGAUCAAAGAAUUCACCGAAAAGGAGGUAAAAGACUUUCAUUGGACGGAUCCGGAGAAUUACAAGAGACUGGUCCCCGAUGCUUUCAUGAGCAAACUUCAACAUGCUCAUGAGGAGUUGAAGACGCAAGAUGUGUAUCUCCGUUACGGGACUUGCCAAGUCAGGGGUUCCACUGGCCUUGACCAUAACAGCCAAGUAUCGUUUGUUGAAGACCAUGAGCAAUUAGGCGAGGCAGCCAUUCGCGGUGUUUGUGACUUCGUAGCCAAACACCCCUAUCAACAUGUCAAUCUUCAAGUCUAUUGGGAUUACGGUUUCGCCCAGAUUAAACGACCAACACCACAACAAGUCGAGGAGGGCACUUAUUCCCGGAAUUAUGCAACCAUGAUCAAGAGAGAGCUCGAAAGAAAGACCAAAAAGAACUUUUUGAAGAAGGACUAUAUACCCCGACGCGAUCUGAAUGUCUUCCUGAAUCGUCAGGUGAUCGAAAACAUUGUCAGAAACGACGACAGUCUACAAUUUGUCGACGACGAGUCCAGAAGCGAAUUCAUCAAGGCUAUCCAGAGUCACGCACCGAAUUUGUUCGCUAUCUGCAUCUAUCGUGGCUUGGAGAUGAACUUUCUUAAGCAUUUGAUGGAGCGACACAACUGCCAGGAUACCUUGGACGCUCGGCCGAAACAAAACAUGGUGUGCAACAGGGGCGCUUGUACCAGCCAUGCGAUACAGCAAAUGAUCACCUGCCUGCCCAUGUUUUUCGCGGAGAAGAUUGCUCGCGACUAUCAGCAUCGUCAACUUAGCCAUGAAAAGGUGCUCCCCCUACAUGACGUUGGGGGCGAUGACGGGCAAGGUUGCGCCACGCGCCAGUCGUUAGGUAGAGGUGCCUACGGCACUGUGUACGCAGUCAAGAUCAAUCUCGCGCACAAUGCUAUCUCACGAGCCGCGACCUUAGGACCCGCGCACGACCUCUUUGCGCCUACCACGAGCUACGAGAGCCCUGAACGGCUUUUUGCUGUCAAGCAAUUUUCCAAUCCUAAGGCCUUCGAACGUGAACAGCUCAUCUUGAAAUCCUUGGCCGACUAUCCACACCCACAUAUUGUACUACAUCUCACCACCUGGAGCCAGGACACAGCACAUUACAUUCUCUAUGAUCUGGCAAGAUGCAAUCUGCGGGAAUAUAUAAACAACGUUCAAAGUCCUCCCUUGAGCAGGCCGCAUGUCCUCUGGUUCUUGCGACAGUUGGACGGGCUCGCCAAGGCCAUCUUCUAUGUGCACCACUUCAAACGACCUACUUUGUCCGAUCCAAAACCCGAAGCUGACUAUCUGUGGGGACGACACAACGACAUUAAGCCGGAAAACAUCCUUGUCUUCGAAAAGGCUCCAAACCAGAACCCGGUACUGAAGCUCACAGACUUUGGCCAUGGUGUAUUCACUGAACCCAAGGGAGAUCAUUCCGUGGGCGAUCCUCAAGUUGUUGGCACAGAAACGUAUUGGCCGCCCGACCAAUCCCGGAACAAGAAGACUUCCCGGCCGUUUGAUAUGUGGGCUCUUGGUUGCGUCUACCUCGAGCUUUUGCUGUGGCUAUUCGGCUUUUUUCAGGAGGAAGGGCGGAGAGGCUUUGCAACCGCUCGUCUCAGCCUUCCUGGCCAAAAUCGCACUGCUAGAAUAGACCGAUUUUGGUACAAAGAAAAAAGGGGAAUGUCAAGACAUUAUCAUCUCAAGCCUGCCGUCAGGGAGGCAAUAAACGAACUCAAAAACAAGCAUUGUCCACAACUGAGGGCCUUUUUGAGAGUGCUCGAAGCUAUUGAACUCCUGUUGGACACAAACCCGGAGACCCGCAUGACUGCCGACGGCUUGUCAAUUUUCAUGAGCACCGUCGUGACGCAAACUGAGGCCGACCUCAAAAGGCAUGCCGAUUUCUAUAUGAGGCAGUACAGAAGAAACAUGGGCGGAUCAGAUGUACCCGACGAUCUGGGCACCGAAAGGAUCGGUCCGGACCUGGCUGAUCGUUCACCAAUAACACGAUCGCCGAGUUUUGAUAGCGGCGCACCCAGCCGAGCCGACUCCAUGCGGCGGUCAGCCCUGACACAUAUCGCUUCCGCGCCGGAUGUUCUCAUGCAUGCUGGACCCCCGGGACAAGCUGGCGGCCUAGGAAGGGCUUUGGAAGAUCUUCACUUCUGACUGAUACAAUGCUUUGUCUUGCUUGAUCUGUGAUGCUUGUGAGUUGAAGGUGGCCGCAUGCCGCACGAUCCGCGAGGUUGAGCGGUAUCUGGAGAAAGUCAUCAAAACGGUGUUAUCGGUUCACAGUGUGGAAUGCACAGCCUUGAGUCACAAAAUGGCGUUGUACGGUGAUGAUGUAAGAUACUUAUGACCAAGCCCA